AUGACUCUCAUCUCUUUCUUGUGUUUAUUCCUUUCCGGUAUUCCGCACGUAUUUUCGGCCUCUAUACCCAGUCCCCCGACCGUCUACCUCAUCCGCCAUGGCGAGAAGCCUCCGGAUCCUGAGGACAGCGGACUUAACGCAGAUGGUUUCAGACGCGCAGAGUGUCUCCGAGAUGUAUUCGGACUGACCUCGCCUUAUAGCAUUGGCCAUGUGAUGGCGCCCAAAAUCAAUUCACAGGGGCAGCACAGGCGCUCCUAUGAGACCGUACUCCCCGUCGCCACGGACCUCAGUCUUAUAGUUGAUACAUCUUGCAAGCGCAAUCGCGUGGGAUGCGUGGCGCAACGCAUUAGAGAAUUUAAGGGAACCGGGAAUAUUUUGAUUUCCUGGCGCCACAGCAGGAUGAGGGAGAUUGUCCAGGCUUUGGGCUUUGAUGACCCUCCGGAGUAUCCUGACGAGCGAUGUAUGUGGAUGUGGGAUGGGAAUGAAGAUGAUGACCAUUUAUUUGUAUAUGAAGCUGAAGCGAGUCAUGUUUGUUGGUCAAGGAUACGGAAGAUGGAUAUGCAUAUAGGUACAAUGAUGACUGGGAGAGUAAUACGUAGUAGUACUGUACGAGUGUGCGCGCGGGCGGUGAACAGCCGAGCGGAGACAGAGCGCCAAGAUUUCAACCUGCCCACCCAAUUUUUUCGAGAUAUCGCCGGCCUUCGCUACUUCGACCGAGCGUUGCCCAAAGAUCCCCUCAACCUCCACCCGAUCACGAGUUUGACCUCCUCUUUUUUUUCUUCUCAGGAACGGCUGCGAAGCCAUGCCCAGGCCUUCGACGGUUUGCUGUCGCUGAUCCCGGCCAAGUUCUACUACGGCGAAGAUGGCAGUCGGAAGAAGCAGACCAAGGAGCAGGCCCGUGAAGCCAAGCGGGCGAAGCUGGACCCUGAUGCCGCCAAAUCAGCCAAGGAUGUAAUGGACGAGAACGCCCGGAAGCGUAAACGCGACGAAGAACGGAAUGAGGACGACGCUUCUGACAGCGGUGAACUCGGGUCCGAGAUGCCUAAAGAAGGACUGAAAAGAGGCGAUGCGACCACGAAGAAACAGAAACAGGCUGAAGAUUCCGCCAAGUCGACCGAAGAUGCCGAAGCGCGCAAGAAGUUGAAGGAAGAGAAGAAAGCCCAAAAGAAAGCGAGCCAGAAAGAGAAGAAGAAAGCAAAGGAAGCUGCCAGGAAGGCAAAGGUAGUCGAGCAACAGCCAACCGAGACCAAGACCCGCGCGGCAGAGGCCGCGCAAACAUCCGGAUCAACCCCCGCUAGUAAGACUAAGGAUCAAGAACAAGAGGACAGCGACAGCGAUGACAAUGAAAGUGUUGACGGCGUCCCCGCCGAGGAGCUCUCACUCGAAUUUAGUGCCGAACAUGAAGAGCAUUCAUCCUCUGCAUCUACUCCGAACUCUGGGCUAGACGCCUCCAAUCCCCAGUCGGGCAGCUCUUCCAUAUCUUCGAUCGUUCCUCCAGCCGAAGCCUCUAAAUCCUCCACCUCCGAACCCAAGCCUCUCAAGGCUACUCCCGAUGAACUGAAGGAACGCCUACAGAAACGGCUCGAUGAGCUUCGCGCAGCCCGCCAUGCAGACGGGCUGAACGGCAAGCCCGCCAGAAACCGCCAAGAGCUUAUUGAAGCCCGACGCCAAAAAGCUGAGCAACGCAAAGCACACAAGAAGGAGCUGCGCCAAAAAGCCAGGGAAGAGGAACAACGGGUGAAGGAUGAAGCCAUGGCCCGACGCUUUUCUCCUGGUGGCUCGGGUUCCCUCCUCGCCUCCCCGCGUUCCCCGGCGGACUCUGUCGGCUCAAACAACAACUUCGCCUUUGGGCGCGUUGUCUUCGCCGACGGCCAACAUGCCGACCCCACCCUUUCCAAUGUUCGGGAUCAACAUAAGAGCAACGGGCCCAAAGACCCCGCCGCGACGCUCAAGGCCGUUGAAGCCAAGGCGGCGAAGCUUGCUGCCAUGGACGACGAGAAGCGUGCUGAUAUCGAGGAGAAGGACAUGUGGCUGAAUGCGAAGAAGCGGGCGCAUGGCGAACGAGUCCGUGACGACAGCUCCUUGCUGAAGAAGGCCCUCAAGCGCAAGGAGACGGCCAAGAAGAAGUCGGAGCGCGAAUGGAAGGAGCGUCUCGAGGCCGUCAAGAAGGGCAAGGAUAUGAAGCAACAGAGACGCGAAGAGAACCUCCGGAAGCGGCGGGACGAGAAGGGCAACAAGGGAGGCGGCGGCGGCAAGAAGCAGACAGGAGGCAAGAAGAAGUCCAGGCCAGGAUUUGAAGGUAGCUUCAAGGCCAAGUCUGGCGGUAAGAAAUAA